UUUUUUCAGUAUAUUGUGCUGUGUUACUUUUACGGCCUACUGUAAAUGACCAGAAUGUGCAUGUAACUAAAAAAAAUUAUUAUUUUUCAACAAACAUUUUUAAUUAAUGAACUUUUUUUUUUUUACAGUCUAGUGCGUUCCCUUUUCCUCUGUCAAGUGUGUGAUGAAGUCAACUACAUGGAACGCGUCCGGGGCGGUCUCGUGUAUCAUCGCGCUCACUCGGCUUUUUCCGGUGUAUGUGCUUUUGGUUGUGAGCUAGCCAAGUCGAGCAGGCUGCUAAUGUUUGUGGUAUAUUUAAUGUUAGCCGCCCGGAUAGCGUCUGAAGAAUGGCUGACGUCGAGGGACAUGGGAUUUGCUCGCCGGUCCCUCCGUUGCCCCACUGCUCCUCUCGAAGGGGCUCCGGCAGCGGCAGCGCUACACCGGGCACCACCGGCAGUCUCCAGACGGGCAUCACCGUUACUUCAUCGGGGCCUCGGCUCGUCCGGAUAGUGAAGUCGGACUCGGGGUACGGCUUUAACGUUCGGGGGCAAGUGAGCGAGGGCGGGCAGCUGAGGAGCAUUAACGGAGAACUGUACGCCCCUCUGCAGCAUGUCAGCGCCGUCCUGCCGGGUGGAGCGGCAGACCGAGCCGGCAUCUCCAAGGGGGACCGGAUCCUGGAAGUUAACGGCGUGAACGUGGAGGGGGCGACACAUAAGCAGGUGGUGGAUCUGAUCCGGGCCGGGGAGAGGGAGCUGGUGUUAGCCGUGCUGCCCGUCCAGCCUCAGGAGGCCGACUUCUUGGAUCCCGGCGACGACGGUUCAGCUCAGUCCUGCUACGAUUACUCCGACAAACAGGCCGUCCCCAUCUCCGUGCCCAGCUACAAACACACGGAACUCAACCAGGAAAAGUUUGUGGUGUAUAAUGUGUACAUGGCAGGGAGGCAGCUCUGCUCCAAGCGUUACAGGGAGUUUGUGAUUCUGCACCAAAACCUCAAACGGGAGUUUGCCAGCUUCGCUUUUCCCAAGCUGCCAGGAAAAUGGCCGUUCUCCCUGUCGGAGCAGCAGCUGGAUGCACGACGAAGGGGCCUGGAAGAGUAUCUGGAAAAAGUUUGCUCCGUCCGGGUCAUUGGAGAAAGUGACAUCAUGCAGGAGUUCCUGUCUGAAUCAGAUGAGAACUACAACGGUGUGACGGAUGUGGAGUUGAGAAUAGCCAUGCCGGAUAAAACCACACUGACCGUCAGAGUGUGUAAGAACUCCACUACAGACCAGGUCUAUCAGGCGGUGGUCAUGAAGUUGGGCAUGGACAGUGUCAUCGCCAGCUACUUCGCUCUCUUCGAGGUCAUUAACCACACUUUUGUACGAAAGCUGGCUCCCAAUGAGUUCCCCCACAAACUCUAUGUACAGAAUUAUACCUCAGCAAUCCCAGGGACCUGCCUCACCCUGCGCAAGUGGCUUUUCACCACAGAGGAGGAGGUUUUACUGAAUGACAACCAGCUCGCAGCCAGUUUUUUUUUCCACCAGGCGGUGGAUGAUGUGAAAAAGGGUUUCAUCAACGCAGAGCAGCAGUCGUACCAGCUCCAAAAACUGGCAGAGCAGAAGAAGAUGUCGAUGUACCUGAGUUUACUCAGGGCCUGCGAGGGCUACAACGAGAUCAUCUUCCCGCACUGCUCCUGCGACUCCCGGCGCAAAGGCCACGUCAUCACGGCCAUUAGCAUUCACCACUUCAAGCUGCACGCCUGCACAGAGGAAGGGACACUGGAGAACCAGGUGAUUGCGUUUGACUGGGGCGAGAUGCAGAGGUGGGACACGGACGAGGAGGGCAUGGCCUUCUGUUUUGAAUAUGCACGAGGAGAGAAGAAGCCGCGCUGGGUCAAGAUCUUCACACCUUACUUUAACUACAUGCACGAGUGCUUCGAGAGAGUGUUCUGCGAGCUCAGGUGGAGAAAAGAGGUGGAAGAGGAGGCGACGGACAAAGACAACAAGAACUGCAGUAAAGAUGAACAUUUUCCAGCUGCUGAGGCACAGAAAGGAUGGAGCCACGUAGGAAGGGAGAUCGUUACCUCUUAGCCGCGCGCAGUUUUCCUCCACGCAGCAGCACCCAGCUCCUCUAAGUACAAUCAUCAUUCACACUGUGUCGACUUCAACCUGAGGCAUCUUCAAAUUAGAGAGAAAAACAAACACAAAACAAUUAGCAGGAACUCUUGAUUCAUCCAUAUUCAUGCACACUAAAGCAGAAGUGAGGCUCUUAGAGACACUCCCCAGACACACCACCAGGCGGAUGUGGUUGAGAGUCAGAGAAAAUCCUCUAAUGGGAUGUGCUAGAAUGUUCCGUUGGACUGACGGGGGGACGGGAAACCUUUAAGUGCUUAUACAGGGAAACAGACAACGCUGAUCAGCAACACUGGUGUUUACUCAUGUUUAGUCGCAGUGUCUUCUCCAACCGGUAGGUGCAGAGGGACUGGAGAAGGCACGGACCAAUCAGAGUGAGGCUCUCAGACGUAAGUCCCAGCUUCAUCACAUCACACACACACACAGACGCUCAGAUGUUGGAAAUGAAAUACCACGCACUUUAUCAAACAGUAUUAGUAGAAUUAUUAAGCUGAAGUAAAACAGGAAGAGGAAAUAAUACAGAAGUACGAAACGUGUUAUUUUUUUGUUUACAGUGAGUUUCUAAUCAAAAAUCUAAAAGAGCAGAGCGUUAAAUUUGUAGAAUGUAUUGUUUCCCAUCUUUGCAAAUGAAAGCUUUGAUGAGUCCGUGCUGCCAAACGGUGCAAUACUCAGAUUCAAACAGCAGGGGUCCUUCUCCUCCUGCCGUCUGCGGCCCUGGCAGUGAUUACCACGGGUUUGUUACCGAAAUCUCCCGCUGGAUUUAUAACUGGCCGCUGCUUUAAACGACCUUUAAAAACAGAACUGUUAACUGUUUCUGGAAGAAGCAGCAGGUGUCGCUGCACACAUUCAUUAAAGGCUUUAUAAACAGCAGUGUGACCUGAUAAUGAGCUGCGUCUUUAACUGAGCCCUGCGUCGCUGCGAGAGUAAAAAAACCGUGUUGGGUUAGUGCCCUGCUGGGUUCAUUACCUGAUGACGUCAGCCAUGCGUUACAGUACGUCAUAAAUAAGACGCUUCGCGCUGCGUAGGUCAAUAUGUUGAUACUAAAUCUUCACUCCUCACCUUUGUUUAUGUGGAGGGGGCCAAAUAUGGGCGUGUGCUGUGAUUGGUCAGAGUGUUACACGCUGUUCUUGCAAAGAUGGAACAAAGAAAAGAAAAGAAAAGAAAAACAUAUGAUUU